AAAGUAUAUAAAUCAAAAUGAAAGGAAAUAAGAUAUGCAAAUAAGCAAAAGUGUCUGAUGAUUUUUUAUAAAUAAGAAUAUUUUAGUUUUUAAGAAUACAUAUAGAAAAGUAUAUAUCAUAAUGAACAGUUUCAAAAGAAGAGUUUGAAUUUAUAAGUAUCAAAGGAGCAUGAAAAAAAAAUAAUGCAUAGUAAAUUCAUAAACAGUAAUAAUCAACUAAACUUAAAAAAAAUAUAUCAUGUUUAGCAAUAAGUGACUCAAUAAAAAUGUCCUCAAAACCCUAAUCUUUCUGUCAGUACUUGUCCAUAAAAUAUUUUGUCAUUGUCCAGUUCCCAUUUAUGGUUAAAUAAAUGUUUGUCAUAGUUUGACCACCUUACAUUUUUUCUAAGAAAGGCUUCUGGUUUGGGACAACUUUUGUAAACAAUUCAUUAUCUUCAGUGGCAUUGUUUAUUACGACUUUAUGUCUUGUUCCAGUCUCUUCCUUGAUGCAUUGUUAGCCUACUGAUAUGCUUAAAUCCAUCAUGUUUUACUAUUGUCAUCUAUCUCUUAUUUUUAAGCACUCCUGCUUUUGGGAUCUGUGAUCCUCUAGGUAAGGAAAAUUGUAUACGGUUUCUUUGAAAAUCUUCUGGUUUGGAUUCAAGCAAACCUUUGAAUCCAGAUAGCCAUUAGUGGUAUUGGGGGCUUUUCUAAUUAAACAGUCUGUCGUGCCAAGAGCAUGUUCUGCAUGCAUGCUGUUAGCUGGUGCUGAAACUGUGUCCUGUAAUAUUUUCUCAGUAGCUGGUUUAGACAGAGGCCUAGAUAAUAUUGCUUUUGUCUCUGACAGACUCAAUAUUGAUGCUACUUUGUUAAGAAUGACAAUUUUAAUUUUCAGCUCUUUUAUCUACAUCAAUGAGAGCUUUUUUUAGACGCUCUAGCUAUUCUGUCCAAUGAAUGCACAUUGCAGUGAGUCUCCGGAGGUUCAUCAUUAAUAUCUUGUUUUAGCAGUUCUGUAACGCAAUGAUUCACAGGUACCCUAUCUGAAAGACAAUAUUUUUAUUUUUAGACAGAUUUCUUUAACUGUUACUCUAAUCAUCUGUGUAUAAUCAGCGUUCGUGGCACAAUCAAAUGCUCUACCCUGUGUCAGUCUCAUAGUAGAAUUGGUAAAAGACUUCUUUUGUGGGUAAACACUUAAACAGUAUAUGAAAUUGGUUGAGAUGUUUGUCUACCACUGAAGUGGCAUCUAAGUCCCAACAUCACAAGUAUGUAGAGCCUCACCUGCCUGAAUGAGAGCUAGCACUCCUAGCUCAGAAGCCAUUCUGGCAACAUUCGAUUUGUGCUGAACUGAAGACAGUUCUGUCUCAGUCAAAAUCUGACUUUACAUUUGUGACAGGUACACAUAUUUUCUCAAUGCUGUGCUAUAUGUUUACCCUUUCAUGGUUUCAACCACAUUUUUUUUUACUUCUGGCUCUAAGAUAAAACUUAAAAGAUAGUGAUUAUGUUCUAUCAGCUGACAUUCCUUUUUUACUUUCACCAACUCCAUUUUGAACUCAAGUUCAAUGUUUUUAAUGCUUUUGUUUCAGCUGGGUUUUUUUUUAAUUAUUAUAAUGCUGUUCAACUGCAUUCUUAACAUACCGGUACUGUUUGAUAUUUUUAGCUUCCUUAUGGAAUUAAUGUACCCUUUAUGGUCCAGAGAUUUUAUAACUUAUGGUUGGGGCUCGCAAAUAUUGCUGGAUCUUUGUAACUCAAUAGCUUGUUUGAAAUUUGUUAGCCAUUCUUUUACUGCCGUCUUUAAGUGCUCUUUUUUUACCACGUGACAUUGGUGGAGAGAUUUCAGAAUGCCUGGAGAGCAAUCCACUCAGCUACUGUGUGCUUGGUCAAGCAAUCUCUUCAAGAUCUCGACCUUUUUUGUUUUGUACAGCAAUGAUGGACCUCGCAAUCUCCCUAAUUCCAUUUCAGUUUUUUCACUAAACUGUCUACUUCACCUAUAGUUAACAAAGACCAUUUGGGAACUAGAGACGGCUAUUCAUGUAACUGGCCAUGGAUAGUGGGGUAUGCUGUACAAUUUAGCUGCAUUUCUCAUUGACAUUUUAUUCAUUUUAAUGUCUACCAUGGCAUGAUGAGUCUAGUCUUAGCACGUUUAGCUUUCCUUGAAGACAUUGUAUAUGAGCUCAGCUGUGACAAGUCUUAAAAAAAAAAAAAAAAAAGAGUUACUUUUCACCAAAGUUGCACUCUAUCAUUUGAAGAAAAUGGAGACAACGUGGGAAGUAUUUUCAAAAAUAGAGCCUGCCCACAACCAAUAAAGUUUUCAUGCCAUGAAUAUGGCAACUGUUUUGCCAGAGUCCAUUAAAUGCCAGUAUUGCCAGCUGUUGACCUUCUUAUUUCUCCAGUCUAUUACCAGUAUGAAAAUUUGUGGGGAAAGCAUGCAGCCUUGUCUCACUCUCAUCUCAUUUCAAAGUAGUUUGUCAGCUGUCCAUGGUGGAGGAUGGUGCAUAAUACUGAUGAAUGUAGUUGUGACUGCAUCAGGGUUUUGUGGAUGCUAUGAAGGCCUACUCUUUUGAGGACCUCACUGAUGGGUACUUUUUAUUGGCACUUACCAUUCAGAGGCAGAUCAUGUGUAGUAGUUCAGCUUCUUUGCAUGCCUUCUUUAUACUCAGAGGCAUAAGCAAAUGUUGGGAGUAUGAAGGCCUGAUAGACCCCUAGUUUUCUACAUGUGCUGAUGCCUCUGCCACACAGUUCUUUACAGACUACCAAAAAAUUCACUGGCUUGGCAAUUCACAAUUUACUUUAAUAGAUGGAGAGCUGACAUUCUAUGUGUUGCACUAUUUUAAUGCCAAGUGAAGCUAAGUUAUUUGUACAUGAGUUAUGCUAUCUAAAUCCUGUCUGCUAUUCAUUGUGCCUUCAUUGACAUUCAACUGCUGGAGGAAUACCUGGAAUAAUUGGUGAUGUUGGCUGAUUUAGGACUUCUUUAAAAUGUUCCAUCCAGCAUUCUCUUUGUUCUCUCAGAUUUGCCACUUUUACAGAUCUUUUUUUUUUUUUUUUUUUUUUUUUUUUUUUUAGACCUAGUUAGGACUUCUGAAAGAGUAUUUCCAUAUCUUGCUGCUACCUCUGCAUCUUCUGUCAGUGUUUGUAUAAAGCAUCACUUGACUUCUCCAGCACUCUGACUUCUCUGUUCAUUUCCAAGUAGUGUGUUCUUUUUUUUCCAAUUGGUUAUGACUGGGUUUUUUUUUUCUGUUUUACUUCUGGACUGCCCAGGUUUCUGGAGUUUUCCAUUCUUAAUUUUCUUUUUUUAAAACUUCUGUGUAUGAUAGUUUCCAGCUUUUGUUGGAUUGCAGUCCAGUGUUCUUCCGCUGUUUCUCUAUUAGCCCUGAGAGGGCACUGAAUCUUUUUUUACUUCACAGUUAAACAUUUUUCUUUAUUCUUUUAUGCCUUGAAUUAAUUCUGAAAGGUUGCUAAUAGUAGCUAGUGAUCUGAAGCAACAUGUGCACCACAUCUUGCUAUAACUGUUGUUUUUUUUUAAUUCUCUAUAUCUUGCAACAUUGAUGUGGUAUAUUUGGUUAUUUGUUAGUCCACUGGGUUAAGUCCAGGAUGUUUUGUGAAUAGGCUUUAUCACCAACGACGAAGUCCACAUUUUCAUUGCAGGUGCCUACUCCUUCUUUUCCCAUAACAAAUUUUCUGUUCCUGUUAUCCUGACAUACUUAGACGCCACAAGUUUUAAGUCUUAUCUUGGUGCAUGAUCUAGUAAUGGGUGUAGAAGAUCGUAAAAUUCAUUUUGUGCUCUUUUGUUGGUGCUUAGCAUUUAAUGAUAGUAAUUUCCUUACCUUUUCCAUUAAGUAUCACUUUCAUUGAGGUAUGGCAAGACUGUUUCCCACUCAAGCUGUGCUUUUGUUGCUUCUGACUCCAUCAUUGGGGCAACUCCUUGUUCGAGUUCCCAAAGAUUUUUCUCUCCUGUUGCAAGUCUAGUAUGCUACCAUUCAAUCUUGUCUCUCAGCUAGUCCAAGCACCUUAAUAGUAUAUCUCUAUAUCUCCUUUAUGGCUUUAUGAGCUUUCUACAUUCUAGUAGGGUUCUGAUAUUCCAGGUAUCUAUUCUGGGUUUUUGCUUUAGUGAUCAAUUUGUCUUUCCAUGGGCUUUCACUGGUGUUAGUCAUGAACUCUUCUUGAGAGAUUCAAGAUCUUUUUGGCUUUGUGCUGUUAUGCUUUCUGUAGCAUUGUAUAUUUUCAAAGGGCUAGGUUUCUAGCCUAAUGCCCAACCCUCCUCCUUUGCCUAGGCUUGGGAUCAACAAGAUGCUUCCCAAAGGCUGCCUUUUUGCAAAGUUCUUUAGAUUUCAGCACAAAACAUUCAUCUGAAACAAAAGUAUUUGUAUUUAAAAAGAAAGACUUCUGACCUAAUGAGACAAUUGGAUGAGCUGACAAAGGAAGAAGGUCAAGGGAAACCAUUGAAAGUGUUAAUGAAGCAUGCUGCCAGUCAGACUGAAGUCAAGAAUUGGAAGUCUCACUAUGUCUCACAACCAAGGAAGCCUGAACCUGUUGUUCUGUCUGAGACAGAUGUUUUGAAAACAAAAAAAGUCCUGGAAAUGCAUUCCAGUCUACUCCAGCGCUAUGACAAAGAAGUGAAGCUGAACAUGAGUUAUGCAGACACUAUAUCAGAGCUUAAUGUUAAAUUGGGAGAAACAGAACAAAGACUAAGAGAAGAGAAAGAAAAAUGUAUCAGGUUGGAAAGAGAAUUGAUUGCAGUUAAAGGGAAACAAAUGGUCUGUGAGGAUCCUGUGCUUAGAGACGUUGUAGGGGAGAGAAAUAAACUGGCCAAAGAAAACAGACGACUUAAAGAGGAAUUGAAAGGACUUGAUCAUAAUUUCUUUGAUGAAAUUGAAGAUCUCAAGUUUGCACUUUUACAGUCAGCCAAACUAAACAAUGGUUAUGAGAAAGAGCUCAACAAACUGUGUUCACAGCUUGGCCUGCCUGUUCCAGCUCCAGAGAAAAUUCUGUUCCAGAAAACUUUGAAAUAAACAUUUUUGAAAUUUCUUUUGGACACUGAUAGCUACAUAUAAAAAAGACUUGGGAGUUAACAUCUUUGAAUUUAUUAUUUGUCAACCAAAAAGUAAAAUUGUUUGUGUAAUUCUCUCAAGUCUAGAAGUAAGCUUGAAAAGAAACUUCAACUAGAAAAUCUUAAAAGCUGUUUCUCAUUCUAUACAAUGAUUGUAUUUUUAAAGCUAACAAGAUUUCUUUGUUGCAAUGAAUACAACUUUUUAUGGCACUUGAAGUCUUUAAAUGAACUCGUCAACCAGAGCAUGUAACAAAAGAAUUAUCUCAAACUAGCUGGGUCAGUUGGUAUAUUUUCAAAACAAACUGAACAUUUGCUGUACAGAACCAUAAAAUUCAGUGUACUUGAUUGUACUAUUGAUCAACAUCCAGAAAGAUCCAUUUACUUUAAGAUUAAAAAGUUUACAGCACACACCUAAAUCAUGACAUUUAUCAUAAAUGUCAAAAAAUUCUUUUGCCAUUUAAUUUUUUUUUCAAAUGUCAUUAUAAAGCAUUGCCUAAUUAAAAUGUUUUUGUUUUUUCUUUUAUACAAUCAAAGAUGCAGCUUUCAUAAAAACUGUGAUAUUUUUAAAUUAAUGUCUUUAUUAUAGAACAUUGCUAAAUUUAAAAAACUGUGUUUUUAUGUAGACUAAAGGAUUCUGUAACUGUAAGAAACUUGUACCUUUUAUCUGUAACACUUUUCUAUGCCUUCAAAUUGUUCUCAUAUCUUGUUCAAUAUCAUUUACCUCUUGCGGUCAUAUACAAGGUAAAUCUUUGCUGAAAUCUUCCACCCUCUAUAGAGCAGAAGAAAGCACUCUUUCCAUAUUGUUAGGCUGCCACCAUGUCAAGAUCACAACCAUAAUAAAUGAACUAAAGAUAAUGUUUAUAAUGAUAUCUUUUAUUCCAUUUUAUUUCUAAUGUCCCAUUUACAUAAGAUUUUUACUAAUUAUUAAAUUUUUACUACCUUUACUAUUUUAACUGUGAAUAGACCUUGUUUUUAAUGAUUUAACUGUAUGGAAUUUAGCUCUUGUAAAGGAGAGUAAUCCUUGAAGGAUUAUGGGCACGGCAUGGCCUUAAUUGUGCCGAUGUGCCAAAAACUCCAUUCUAUAUCAUGCCCACGAAUCCCCUGUAGCAAUCACUUAUCUACAUAUUAGCACCAGGAUGUCAUUAUUAUGUUUGAGAGAGGUAUUACAAUACACUGACAUCAACAGAGAGCUUGAACUGGUGUUAGGAUAUGUGUAAAAAGUUAACAAAAAGAUUCAAUAUCGCAGUUAUCUAUGUAACUGUAUAGUAGAAUUAUUUCUCUAAUUGAUAGUGCGGCGUUGAUCACUAUAUUGAUGACGCCAUUACGCUAUUAAUAUUUUCUGUGUAGACUAGAGGACUGAGCUUUUGUUGCUUGUCACAACUUCUAGUGUCGUAAAUUUAGUGUGUGUGUGAUUUGCGCCAUUUAUCGUCUAGUACAGUCUCUCCAUUGUUUUGUACGUUGGUACAGAUAGACGUGUUUUGAGAGCUCUUGAAUUUCUCCUUGGUUUUUGUUACUGGAUAGCCUUAGCAUUUGCCUUGGACAUUUUCUUGUUGGAUUAUCUUGACCCCUGUUUAGGGGGAGUUUUAUUUUUCAUUGUAUAGUUUUUCUAUUUGAAUUCGUUCGUAUUUGUAAGUCUAUAAUUAGACUAGAUAUAGAUGAUUAGAAGAAUCCUUUCUUUUAUCUUCUAUAGGGUUUUAGCGUCAAGACUAAGUUUUAGUCGUAGUCUCAAUCCAGGACUCUAUUUCAAGUAUUAACGUCAAGUCUAAGUAGUGAUCUUAGCUUGGUGUCAAGUCUAUGUGUUAGACUGUGUCAAGUCUCAGUGUCAAGACUUGUUUAUCCAGUUUCAGUUAUAUAUUGAGAGUACAACUUUAAGUCUACAGGACUGAGGUCUUUCUCUCAGUUGGUCAUCUGGUGUGCAAUUUGGUUUUUACAUGAGUCUGAGGUUCAAGAUUCCGGACUGCGGGUUGCAUUGGUCAGACCUGAUGGUGUAGUAUCAACUAUGAACUUCUAUUUUUGGAAUUGUCGUCAGUGGAUAGUGCCUGAUCUAGAGGCUAGAUCUACAUAUAUUACCAGUUGUUGUUUUUGAGAUUGAAGGUCUAUGUGAUCCAUUGAACUAGCUAUUAUAGUUAAGGUAAUAUAUUAUGUAUUUCAUAAUUAUUUGAAUGUUAUUUAUCUAAAGAGACUAACUGGAUCAUUUUAGAUUACAUAUUAUUACAUAUUGAUAUUUCAUACUAUUAUUAUCAUUCAUCAUGGAUCAGUCAUUUGUAAAUAUAUCACAAGAAUAAAUUUUAUUGUUAUUUAACAUCAUACACGUAGUUUAUUAGUUUAUCUACAACUAUAUGUGUAUGGUGUGCUUGUCAGGCUGAACUUGAGCCAAAAUAUUAUAAGUUCAGAAAAUAAUACCAAUAACACAAAUUGAAUUAAUAUUUAAUAUUAAUAAAUAUUUACAUUUGAAAUACCUAAUACUAGUUUGAUAAAUACAAGAACCUGACAUUCAAGUUUUUUAAAUUUUGGAGUUAUUGGUCUAAUUUGCAUUGCGACAUAUGAUUUGUUAAUCAUUAUUUGUCAUUAUUAUUAAUGAAUAUUAUCUGAUCAUUAUUUACUGUAACAUAAUUUACAUAAAGAUAUUCAUUUCUUGUGGUAAAGUCUCUAAUAUUUAAAAUGUGUUUCUUCUGCCACUGCCAGAGAUUUUGGCUUGCUUGCAAUGUAAUAAAUAAAACAGGAUAUUGAAAACAAAUGUCUGAUAGCAAUAUUAAGUUUGACUCAAUUUUGUGUUUUCUCUUCUGUGUUGAGUGUCAGACUUGUUACUUUUUAUGUCUAAAUUGAUUUCUUCAGUAAACUUGAAAAUAGA